AUUAAGUGAUCUCCUGCUGUCUCUUCUCUGCUCUUUCCCCUGACACCAGGUUGUCCAUCAUCAACCCCGGCCAUCUUUAAGUAUCCUUAUCCAUUUCUUAGUACAUAGAGUAGAUUGACAACACUGCACCGACUCAAAUGACAAUGCUGGGGCUGCUGACUGCAGCUUUUACUUUAGCUGCUUGUUAUAUGUUUGCGAGUCCUGCCACCGCUCUACCAUCCAAGCAUGCAUCUGCCCCCGAGAAACUGGUUUUCGCCCAUUUCAUGGUGGGAAUUGUUGACGAUCGUACCUCUGCAUCAGACUACGAUUUGGACUUCCAACGAGCGAAAGCGAUUGGUGUCGAUGCCUUUGCGCUGAACAUCGGCACUGAUAGCUUUACAAACACCCAGUUGGACCUUGCGUACGAAUCAGCAGACUACAAUGGCAUGAAAGUUUUCAUAUCCUUUGACUUCAACUGGUAUAGCAGUGGAGAUAUUAGCGCAAUUGCCUCGAAGAUAGCGCGAUAUGCUGCAAAACCAGCACAGCUGAAAGUGGACAACAAGGUUUUUGUUUCGUCCUUUGCUGGCGAUGGAGUCAAUAGAAUUGAGUUGGAGGCUGCAGCUGGAACGAAGCUGUUCUUCAUUCCUAAUUUUACUCCUGGAAUUGGCGACUUUGGUCAUAUCGACGGCGCUUUUAGCUGGAGAGCUUGGCCAAACAAUGGCAAUAACAAGGCACCUGCUCAUGACCAUAAUACCAGUACGAGUGACGAAGAUCGUGUCUAUCUACAAAAAUUGGGCACCCUUUCUUAUCUAGCACCGAUUUCUCCAUGGUUCUUUACUCACUACGGUAGCGAGGUGUCCUACAGUAAGAACUUUGUUUUUCCUGGCGAUCUCUUGUGGUACAAUCGUUGGAACGAAAUUCUUUCUCUGGCACCUCCCUUUACCGAGAUUAUCUCAUGGAACGACUAUGGCGAAUCUCAUUAUGUUGGUCCUCUAUCGUCUUCUCACUACGAUGAUGGUAGUUCUAAAUGGACAAUGGACAUGCCUCAUGACGGCUGGCUAGACAUGGCUGUCCCAUUUAUUGCUGCUUACAAGGCUGGUGCCAAGUCAACCGAACUGAAGGACUUUGUUACUAAAGAUGAGCUUGUGUAUUGGUAUCGUCCUACACACAAAGAUAUUGACUGCGACUCUACAGACAACACUAUGGAAUCUGGCAAUAAUGCGAGUGGUAACUAUUUCCACGGCAAACCCAAUGGGUACGAAACCAUGGCAGAUUCCGUCUUCAUUGUAUCCCUCCUGACGGAAGACUCUCAAAUCGAGGCAAAAUCCGGUAACAACUAUCAGGCUUUUCACGCAAAAUCUGGAGUCAAUGCCUUUUCUUUGCCUAUGGGUAUUGGCUCUCAAUCUUUUACUGUAAAAAGGAACGGUGCCAGUAUCCUCAGUGGAACCAGUGCCAGAGACAUUAUUAAUACUUGCCCCUGUGGAAUUUACAAUUUCAAUGCCUAUGUUGGUCAACUUCCGCCUCCUAAGGUAAUCAGCCAACUCCGUCCAGAUGGUCUCAGUAAGCUGACUGAAGGUUUGCGAGUUGCGUGUCCGGUCAAGACCGGCUGAGCUUGCUUGUGCUAUUUACACAUUUGAAAAUGCCUGUCAAAUGGACCAAUGGGGUUGAAUGCCGAUACCUGAUCGUUGUUUUGAAACAAAUUUCCUGAGUACAACUAGGUUUUCAAUUUUCGAGGUAAUGGGUAAAAGGUCUGAUAGUGGGGAGAAUGUAUUUUGUGCCAUUCUCAUUUAACCGAACUGAAG